AUGUGGAAGCUUCAAUUACGUUAUAACCAUGAUGCAUUUCUUUUGGAUGUGUAUCCCGAUAUGGUUUUAAUAGGUCGGGAUGCGGGCAUGGGCCAAGAUGCCAUAAUCUGCAACCCUGGCCAUUGUGGCCGCGGCGCACCCCAUCAUAUGGGAAUUCUAGUAAAACCAUUUACAGGGGGUAUGCAUUUUUGGACACCAAAGGUGUUUGGUGUAUUAGCUUGGCAAUUUGUUUGGUAUUUGACGAUAGUCGCUGUAGCGUCGUCAGCCAGUUCCGCGCAACUUGACGCGGGGAAGGGAGCGGGCAGGCGGGGUACGGUCUGGACUGAGUGGGCCGCUGCUUGGAUAAGCUUGUUUCGGGGCAAGCAUACAGCCCGCACCAUCAUAAAAGCAGGACGGGAUUCUGCCUUGGAGCCGCCUACGCCAAAGAUCCAGGCGGGGAAUGGAGAAGAGUGCGUCAAGUUGUUCGUGGGGGUGGGGAUUAAUUCCAGCAAGCGCGCGAGGACAACACACCGCAUCGGUCGAGCUUGCGCCCUGCCAGAGAUCCUUGCCAGAGGUCUCUGUCAGAUCCAUGAUAUAAGUGUUAUCUAA